AGUGAUGGGUAAUCAAGUGUCAGAGAGUAACCGUUAGGUUUAAAUAUAGUCUUGUCUGUAAGCGUUCACUGUAUUCUAACUACGUUACCUAGUCAAGUAAUGAAUGAUACAGUAGUAAGAUAAAUGCUGUCUGUGUCUGACGUGGAAAGUGUUGAUGGUUCUAUUUUUGGGAGCCGCGAAACUUUGUAGAAAGUCUUUAGGACUUGGAAUCAGUCUAAAGUUUUUCUCUCCUGUAAGUUGAGUGAAAAUGUUACCAUAUCCUAAGUGGUUGUUGUGAAGCCUUAUUUUACAACCUCAGGUGAAGAUUUCAAUAAAAGUUACUCUAUUUAGUCAAAGAUGGAAUAAGGUAUUCCUUCUUUCUCUAGAUUGAUUUUUAGAUAUUUUCUUAAAAUCAUAAUUGAUUUUUAGAUAUUGUCUUAAUUUCCUGUGUGAGCUGUGUGGCCUCUCAUACCUCCACGAACCCUGAACAGUAUUAUUGCUAUUUCUUUUUCAUGUUCGGAAACAGAAAUUGAGGGCUAGGGAGAUAGCUCAAAGGACUGGAAUGUACCCCACCUUAAAAAAAGAAAGAAAUUCAGGGGUCAAAGCCAUUGUAUAAGUGGGUAGGGCAUUUGCUGUGCACUUGGCAGACCCGGUUCAAUCCCGGGUGGUACCCCAAGAACUACAAAGAGUAAUUCCUGUGUGCAGAGCGAGGAGUACCUCCUGAACAUUGCUGGGUGUGGCUCAAAAGCCAAUAAAUAAUUAAAUAAAUUCAAAUAGAAAGAAGAAAAAUUGGUGCAAAGUCCAAUAAUCAGUACAUAGUGGAACCAGAAUACAAAGCAGAUUUAGGGACUUGAAAGUUUGUGCUUUCUGCAUGGGAAUUACUGUUCCCAUUUCUCCCAUUCUUGUGUCACUGAGUCACUGUCCUUUGAAUGUAGGGUUGUAGUUGCUUCUAUUAUCAGUUCAGCUAUUGUCAUUUUCCUUUAUAAAAAGUGAUUUUCUUUCUGCUUAGGAAGGAACUUCUAGUGGUGGCUGGCAGAUACCUUUAAAGCUUUCAAAGUCAAGAUGAAUACAGAUGCCAAGGGGGCUUUAUCCCUAGACAUGCCAGCUCCGGAGGUACUAGAAGAACUUAGCAAGAAAGUAGAGGUUGCAGGUCACCUCCAAAUGCAGGAGCCCAUACCGAAAUGCAGUUACCCACUGGCCAGGGAAAUCUUCCAGAGGCGCUUUCGGCAACUCUGCUAUCAGGAGACCCCUGGACCAAGGGAGGCACUUGCCCAGCUCCGGGAGCACUGCUACCAGUGGCUGAAGCCACAUGUGAGUACAAAGGAACAGAUUUUGGAUCUGCUGGUACUGGAGCAAUUCCUGUCCAUCCUGCCCAAGGAACUGCAGGGCUGGCUGCAGGAACACUGUCCAGAGAGUGGGGAAGAGGCCGUGGUUCUACUGGAAGACCUGGAAAGAGAACUUGAUGAGCCACACCAGGAGAUGGUAACCCACAGACAUGGACAAGUAAUUUUCUGUAAAGAUAAAGUGGCUGUGGGAGAACAAAAAUUCCUAAACCUUCAGUUCCAGCGUAAGGAGCCCCAGCUCUCACAUGACCCUGCCUGGGAACCCCAUCCCACUCACGAGACAGAUGGAAUGACCAAGAUUGAGGACAGGGAAUCAGUGCUAAGGAAGGAAUGUCCUAAAGGAGUGGAGCCACAUGGGAAAACAUGGUCUGGACAGAGCUGGAUGCUGCCCCAUCAGGAUCCCCAAUGUGGAGAAGCUGGUCGGAGAGACCCACUGGAAACCCCCCAAGCAAUAGAGGGAUCCCACAAAUGUGAGGAAUGUGGGAAGAGCUUUGCUCAGAGCUCAGCUCUUACUCAACAUCAAAGAAUUCACACUGGAGAAAGACCCUAUGAGUGUAACGAGUGUGGGAAAACCUUCAGCCGGAGUUCCGGGCUGUUUAAUCACCGCGGCAUCCACAAUAUACAGAAACGGUAUCAUUGUCAGGAGUGUGGGAAGGCCUUUAGUCAGAGUGCGGGGCUGAAUCAGCACCAAAGAACCCAUAAAGGAGAAAAGCCCUAUGGGUGCAACCAGUGUGAGAAAAGCUACGGUCUGCGUUCAUUUCUCAUUGAGCACCAGAGAAGCCACACAGGAGAACGACCUCAUCAGUGCCCUGAGUGUGGAAAAAGCUUUAAUCGCCACUGCAACCUCAUCCGCCACCAGAAGAUCCACAAAGUGAGCAACGUGGUCUAAUCCUCGCUGUGUGCAAGCCUUCUCAGUUACCUGCUGGAAUGUGUGGGCCGGAGAGAUAGUAUAAAGGGUAGGACACUUCACUUGCAUCCCAUAUGUUUCAACCCCAGGUUCAAUCACCAGCAUCCCAUAUGGUUCCCUGAGUCUACGAGGAGUGAUCUCUCAGCACAGAGCCAGGAGUAAGCCCUGCUUACUGAGUAUUGCCCAAAACAACAGAAACCCAAGAUCAGGGUGCUGUGAGAGUUGAUUUCAGGUUGUGCAUGGAUUAACUGAAUUAAUCCAGUAGCAGAAAUGAGUUAGGUAUGAUCCCCACCCCAGGGGGGAAAAACAGUAUGAAUGGGAUCUUGUCGGACUAGCUGCUGUCUUUCUGUGUUUGGGAACAAAUAUCCUAAAGGAAGAUUUGUUAUUUUUAAGCUGCUACUUUACCUUUGCCUCCUCCACCCCUAUUGUCUUAUACCACCCCCAUUCUUACUAUUUAUUCACCCACUUAGCUGCUACACUUUUGAUUGUAAUAAAUGAUACUUCUGAUGCCAACAUGCUUGAAAGAUC